AUGAGGUUUGACUUUCUAGAUGGAGACAUCAUGUUUAUCAGAGACUACAAUAUUCUAGGACCUAAUGAAGGACCCGAACCAGGAUUACGAUGGACGCUCGUGUUCGACAGUGCUCGAGGUCAUGGAAUAGGUGUAAUUAUUACUUCUCCAACUAGCUUCCAUCUUCAACUUACUUUUAGAUUAUACUUUGUCUGCACCAAUAACAUGGAAGAAUAUGAGGCAUGUAUCUAUGGUAUUGAAUCAACAAUUUCUUUGAGAAUUAAGGUUCUUGAAGUAUAUAGACACUCUGCUAUUAUGGAUGAGACCACUUUUCAUCAUAUCCCAAGGGAAGAGAAUCAACUGGUAGAUACUCUAGCUACUCUAGCAUCCAUAUUUAAAGUCAAGUGGAGGAAUGAAGCACAUACUAUUCACAUUGACCACUUGGAUGAACCAACACAUUGUAUAGUAAUUGAGGAAGAUUCUGAUGAUAAGCCUUAG